AUGAGGAUAUUACAAAAACUUCUCACCGCUGUUUUCCUCUACUUCUUCAUCUUCACUGCAUCAUCCACUGCGCAUAUCGUAUCUCUGAAUCUCCAAUCCAAUAACCGACAAAUGAUCCCUAUCUCGGAUUUCGAAUUUACAAAUGUGGGUUACAUCUCUUUCGUUCUCUCCUCCAUCACAGUCACCUCCACCUCUUCACGGGCUGCUAAUGAAUCACGAAUUGGUUUCUUCCUUCAAUCACAUGAUGAUGAUUUCUACCUUUAUACGCGUGAAGCAAUAAACCAAGACAUCUUCGAAUUCAAACAAAACACUAUUACUUGCCCCUUCGAUUUCAAAUCAAACUCAUCAGUCCUCUAUACUUUCCAAAAUCUUUCUCAUGGUCCUCAGUUUUCCUUCAACAAAUCGUUCCCCAUAACAUACUCCAGUAUCAAGUCACUUUUCUUCAUCAACUGUAACACCGAAUCUCUCGUGACAAUGGAGGGUCAUGCAGAGCUUUACAACCUCGAUGAUGGCAAUGGCAACAAAAACUUUUUAUCAGUCGGGCUAACGACACUCCCGUUUCGUUACAUCAUCUUCUCCUUCAGUUAUUUAACUCUUCUAGGGUUUUGGAUCCUUGUAUGUUUCAAGAACAGGUGCAUCUUUAACAUGACCCAUUUACUAAUGGGUGGGUUGCUCGUUGUGAAUUGUGUUCACUUUAUGUGUAUUACUUCGGAUCUACAUUAUGUGAAGAUUACAGGAAGUGCUCAUGGAUUGGAUGUUGUGUUUUACAUAUUUCAGCUUACGAGGGCUGUUCUUUUUUCCACUGUGAUCGUGUUGAUUAGUGCAGGAUGGUUUUUCUGGAAGCUGUUUUUGAAACGAGAGGAAAAACUGGUUUGGAUGAUUGUGAUCGUGCUUGAGGUUUGGGGUAAUGUAGAUCCAAUAUUGCCAUGGGAAGUUGUUGUACCUUAUAAUAAAGAAAGCGGGUCAUUUGCAGAUGUAAUCUACAUAUUUGCUAUUUUCUUCCCCAUGGCGUUGUCGAUUACGUCUUUGAAUAAGAUUUGUGAGACUGAUCUGAAUGCUGAGAGGAAUGUGGUGAAGUUGUGGUUAUUUGUGAUGUUGACUAUUGUGUAUGUGCUCAUUACGAAGAUUCUUCUUCUUGCAGUGCCUACACGGUGGGAGAUUAAUGUGGUAAAAGAGACCACCAUUUUUAUGUUCUGCAUGUUGAUGCUUUUCAUUUUCAGGCCGGUUGAUAGGACGAGGAUCGCAAAAGCUGACGAGACUAGGUUUUCAACUUCCAACUCGAGUUCUUGUCUUGAUUGUCCUGUAUAG